GUCUGGAGCAGUAGGGAGCUAAGAAAGUAUUCCCACUGAUAGCUAUAUUCAUAACUUCAUCGAUCCCUCUUCACCAAAAGAAAAUGCAUGCCCUAUCCAACCUCAAAUCUCCCUGCCAUCUUCCAGCAGUCAAUGUCCAACCCUUAUUGUCUGCGCCCAACGUCCGUCUAUUUUUCAAACAUGUAACAAGAAAUUGCCAGUUCCAAACUGAAGGCUCAGUUGUUUAUAAGAAAAUUUGCUGCAAACAUGUGCCUAAUGCUGGAAAUUCUCUAGGUUACAGUGGUGAGUUGCAAAUUGAGGAUACGAAAUACCUAGAUGGCGAAAGCAUUCAGGUAACUACAACAAUCAAGAAAAGGAAGUUGGUAGAGAAGAUCAAACAUAUGUUGAACACCAUGAAAGAUGGUAGUUCAAGUGUGUCACCCUAUGACACAGCAUGGGUUGCCCUGAUUAGAGAUAUAAAUGGAAGUGAUAGGCCACAAUUUCCAUCUUGUCUUCAAUGGAUAGUAGACAAUCAACUUUCUGAUGGUUCAUGGGGAGAGGAGUCUUUGUUCAACAUUUACGACCGCCUAUUGAACACACUUGCAUCUGUUGUUGCAUUAACAACCUGGAACACAGGCAUUGAGAAGAGAAACAAAGGUGUAUCGUUUAUAAAGGAAAACAUAUGCAAGUUAGAAACAGGGAAUGUUGAAAACAUGACUUGUGGAUUUGAAAUUGUAUUUCCUGCUCUCCUCGAGAAAGCUCAACCUUUGGACAUUGAUAUUCCCUACGAUGCUCCAGUCUUGAAGAAUAUAUGUGCAAGGAGAGAGAUGAAAUUUAAGAGAAUUCCUAAAGAUCUUGUGCAUUCAAUUCCAACAACGCUAUUGUUUUCACUAGAAGGAUUUCGUGACUUGGAUUGGGAAAGGCUUUUGAAGCUUCAAAUGCCAGAUGGCUCAUUCUUAACAUCCAUUGCCUCCACUGCCUUUGCAUUUAUGGAAACAAAUGAUGAAAAUUGUUUGAGAUAUCUUCAAAGGGUUGUUCGAAAGUAUAAUGGAGGAGCUCCACAUAGUUACCCAGUCGAUAUGCAAGCGCGACUAUGGGCGAGUGACCGAUUACAACACCUUGGAAUUUCAUAUUACUUUGAAGAAGAAUUCAAGGACAUGUUAGAUCAUGUCCAAAGAUACUGGAAUGAAGAGAUUGGAAUUUUUAGUGGAAGGAAUUCAAACUUUUGUGACAUUGAUGACACAUGCAUGGCUAUUAGGCUGCUAAGAUUACAUGGAUAUGAUGUUAAUCCAGAUGUGCUCAACAAAUUCAAAGAUGGUGAUAACUUUUUUUGCCUAAAGGGUGAAACGGACAAGUCACCAACAGCUAUGUAUAAUCUCUAUAGAUGCUCUCAAGUUUCAUUCCCGGGAGAGAAGAUUCUUGAUGAUGCAAACAAGUUUACCUACAAUUUCUUGCAAGAAUGUUUGUUAAACAACCAAUCCUUAGACAAAUGGUUAAUUGCUAAGGAUAUACCUGGAGAGAUACGAUAUGCAUUGGACAUUCCAUGGUAUGCUAGCCUACCCAGGGUGGAAGCUCGGUUAUACAUAGAACAAUAUGGCGGAUCAAAUGAUAUUUGGAUUGGCAAGACGUUACACAGAAUGCCGGACAUCAGCAAUAAUGUGUAUCUUGAGGCCGCAAAAUUAGAUUACAACGAAUGCCAAAGUCAACAUCAAUUUGAAUGGACGAUUAUUCUAGACUGGUUUACACAGUGCAAUUUUGAACACUUUGGAAUAAGCAAAAAGGAGCUAUUGUUAGCUUAUUUCUUAGGUGCAGCAAGUAUAUUUGAACUACAGAGGUCAAGGGAAAGACUUGCAUGGGCUAAAUCUCUUAUAAUGUGUAAGAUGAUUACAUCUUAUUUCAGUGAAGAAGCUACCAUUUCUACUAAAAACAGUAAUGAAAAAAGACAGAUGCUUCUCCACAAUCUUCUUCAGUUUUUGCACCAACUUUCAGAAGAGACUUAUGAGACCCUAGGCAAAGACAUCCACCUUCAAUUACACUCUGCAUGGGGGACGUGGUUGAUGUCUGUUGGAGAGGAGAAAACUGCACGCCAAGAAGAAGCCGAGUUGUUAGUGCGCACAAUUAAUCUUUGUGGUGGCCAUAUGGUAGAUGAUGAGCUAAUAUCCAGUAUAGACUACAAAAAUAUAUCCAAUAUUACCAAUAAAGUCUGUUACAAGCUUCAAAGCGGAAAGGUGUCUGGUAUCAACUCCAACGGGAUUAAACACAAUGGGAGCCCUCACACCAAUGAAGUUGAAUUGGACAUGAAAGAACUUGUAAAAUUAGUGUUAGAUAAUUCCUCGUGCGGCAUAAAUAAAGAUAUGAAGAAAACAUUUUUUGCAGUGGCAAAGACCUUCUACUAUACUGCACAUGUUACAGAGGAAGUGCUCAAUUUUCAUAUAUCCAAAGUGCUCUUUGAGCCAGUUGAGUAGGAUCCUUAUAAAUGUAUUGUGGUAUAAAUAAAUUGUGAAACAAUAGCAUUUCAUAUCAAUUUUUGGUAUUGUUUGUAACUUCUCAUUGUCAAUGUCAAUCUUUCUUGUACAAUGUAUAAAUGAAAUUUCCAUUGUUAUACGAAUGCUAAUAUUAAUAUAAUUAGAAAGAAAGAAAAA